AAGGGCCUCCCUGUGAAAACAGAAAGCAGUGUAUUUCUCAGUUACAUCACUUUGCAAUCUAAUGCUGUGUUGUGCUCAGUGUUUUUGUGGUGAUGCAAGUCUUUCUUUUUUUUUUUUUUUUUUUUUUCUUCCUUCAGCCGGUUGGAUUUUCCCCAUCUUACAGCACCUCGCAGGUCUCUUCUCUCAGCAGUACGUUGCCUGAGUGAGUGGAAACACACAGAUCAGCUGCAGGUUUCUGUCUACAGAAACAGAGUGAAAGAGAAAGAAAAGGGUUGGGAAAGCAGAGACAAAUAUUGACCUGGACUUAUAGAAAGACAUCCAAUGGCUGAAUAAAGAACCCCUGUUCAUGUUUUGGGAUAUUCUUUCAACUGGCUGGAACGAGAGCGGAUCAAAAGAAUGGGAAAUGCCAGCAGACCCUUUAGAAGAAUUGCUUAUUUCUUAUGCCUUUUAUCUGUGCUUUUGCUGACUGAAGGGAAGAAACCAGUGAAGCCAAAAUGUCCUGCCUGGUGUACUUGUACCAAAGAUAAUGCUUUAUGUGAAAAUGCCAGAUCUAUUCCUCGCAGCGUUCCGCCUGAUGUUAUCUCACUAUCCUUUGUGAGAUCUGCUUUUACUAAAAUCCCAGAAGGGAGUUUUUUGCUCACACCAUCUCUGCAGCUUCUGUUGUUUACCUCCAACACUUUUGAUGUUAUUAGUGAUGAUGCUUUCAUGGGCCUUCCUCAUCUAGAAUAUUUGUUCAUAGAGAACAACAGCAUUAAGUCAAUUUCAAGAAAUACUUUCAGAGGACUGAAAUCUUUAAUUCACCUGAGUCUCGCAAAUAAUAAUCUCCAAUCGCUUCCAAAAGACAUAUUCAAAGGCUUGGAUUCUUUAACAAAUGUAGAUCUUAGAGGCAAUGCAUUUAAUUGUGACUGCAAACUGAAGUGGUUAGUGGAGUGGCUGGGCAGCACCAAUGCAACUGUUGAAGACAUUUACUGUGAAAGCCCACCAGAAUAUAAGAAGCGCAAAAUCAAUAGCCUCUCACCGAAAGAAUUUGAUUGUAUUAUUACAGAAUUUGAAGUUUAUCAGUCCCUGCCAUACCAAUCUCUGUCAGUAGAUACUUUCUCAUACAUGAAUGAUGAACAUGUGGUUAUUGCUCAGCCCUUCACCGGAAAAUGCAUCUUUCUCGAAUGGGACCAUGUAGAAGUGAUGUUCAGGAAUUAUGACAACAUAACAGGUACUUCAACUGUUGUGUGUAAACCCAUAGUUAUUGAGAGUCAGCUAUAUGUCAUUGUCGCACAGCUGUUUGGAGGCUCCCACAUAUAUAAAAGAGAUAUUUUUGCUAAUAAGUUUAUAAAAAUUCAAGAUAUUGAAAUCCUUAAAAUACGAAAACCCAAUGACAUUGAAACUUUCAGGAUUGCUGAAGACUGGUAUUUUGUUGUUGCAGACAGUUCAAAAGCUGGUUUCACCACUGUUUACAAAUGGAAUGGGAAUGGAUUUUAUUCCCAUCAGUCUCUGCACGCCUGGUACAGAGAUACUGAUGUGGAGUAUCUUGAAAUAUCCGGCAAACCGCAUUUAAUUCUGUCAAGUAGUUCCCAAAGACCUGUAAUAUAUCAAUGGAACAAAGGAACAAAUGAAUUUGUUAAGCGUUUUGAUAUCCAAGAUAUGGAAGAUGCAUAUGCAGUGAAACAUUUCAAGGUGAAAGAGGAUGUAUACAUUUGUUUAACAAGAUUUAUUGGGGACUCUAAAGUAAUGAAAUGGGGUGGUUCAGCAUUUCUGGAUUUACAAAGGAUGCCAUCCCGAGGGUCAAUGGUAUUCCAACCACUUCAGAUAAGUAAUUAUCAAUAUGCCAUUCUUGGAAGUGAUUAUUCUUUCACUCAAGUCUAUUAUUGGGAUGCUGAGAAAGCAAAAUUUGUGAAGUUUCAAGAAUUAAACAUACAGGCACCAAGAUCUUUCAUACAUGUCUCCAUCGAUAAACGAGAUUUUCUCUUUGCUUCAAGUUUUAAGGGAACUACAUUGAUUUAUAAACAUGUCAUAGUUGACUUAAGCGCAUGACACUCAUAAUUCUGAGAUUACAUCAGACUUUCUACCGUAAGUGGACAAAAUGAACUAAAUGCAUGAUGACUCUCUUAUCUUACUUCCAAAUGAAUGCCUUUAAAAGUUGAGAUUGCUAGAACAAAGUAUUACUAGUAUCUUCAUCUUUAAUUGUCAAGUCUAGUGGUGUUGGAAGUUGCAUUUUUUAACAAAAAGAAAUUAAAUUAACUGUUCUUUGCAUCCACAAUAUGUAAAUAUGUCUGCAACUGCAUCUGUUGCUAUAAAGAAUAUUAAGAUGUACUUUUCCAUUUAUUUAUUCACCUGUUUGAAACAACUGCCAAAUAAAAUGUUUACAUUUUGUGUCUUUCACAUUCCAAAUAUUAA